CCCGUGUCUCUGCUGAGUUAUACCCUGCUGACUUCCUGCUGUUUUCCAUCCUUCCUAAUUCCCUGCUUCUCUGUGAGUUGCGUGUCUCUGGAAGACAGUUCUGGCAGUGCUGCAGCAAGUGCUGUCUGGGAAAAGGCUUCCCUGGACACUGGGGUUUGGACCAGCCAAGCGCCCUGACCUUCACUUCCAUUUCUUUUUCAUGGAAGUAAGGCUUUGUCAUGUGUGUUGUAAAUAAAAUGGAUAUUCUGCUGAUGGGGUUAUGAUAAUAUAAUUUAGCUGUCUGCUGCUUUCUCCAGCUGGUUAAAGUCAGGAAGUGUGUAAAGUGUUAAAGAAAAUGGUCAUUUGGGUUAGGGGGAAAAGCAUAGUGGGGAAAGCUGGUGAACACUUUCUGACAUUGGUGUUGCUAUUAGAAAACAAAAAUGUUAUGGUUAUAAAACACCAACACAUAGAGACAAUCCAUGCACAUCAGCAGAUCUAAAUUUAGUUUACCUGGUCCCACUUUCUCUGUUGUCAAAGAAAUGUUGCUUUGGGAGGCCUAGGGAGUGCUGAGCUGGACUGGAUGAGCCUGAGGAUGCUUUUCAUUGUAAGGCCAUGAUGUUCCCUAGCUAUAUCCCUGGAGGAAUAGAGUGCUUUUGCCAGAAGUUUGAGUGUAUUUCAGCUCACUUGGCUUUGUCUUUGUGAAAGGACAAUUUGUCGUGUUGGAACUUGUUAAUUGUUUGAGCAGCCACGGAGCCCUUGAACUUUUUCUCCAUUUCUGGAAAAGUUUACAGUAUCCUGAGCUGUGUUUAAUGGCUGCACGUGCCAGGGCAGGGAUGUGGGCUUUGGGUCGUGUGGUUUCCUCAGAAUUAUGGCGGUGCAGGGAGUUCUUUGGUGAGGCAGGAGUUUCAGGGUAUUUAGCCACAUAGUUCAGGCCAUGGACAUUGGAAGAGAAAGGAGUGGUGGUGGCAGUUACAGAAGCUGUUCUGGCUCCCUGUGGAGCUUGUGCCAGAUAAUGCUGCCAGGCUGUGUGACAGUGGAGCUGUGCCAGUGCCCCUUGAGUUGCCCCUGUUCCUGGACACGAUGGUGUCCGUGCUGGACAGGCCUGGGAACAAGGCUUAAACUGCUCUGUGGGAUUCUGUAGUGAGUCUCAGAUGAGGAAGUUGUUAAAUUUGGCCCCAGCAGCUCAUCAGGUCUUUGUUCCUGCUGGUGCCAGGGCAGAUCGGUGCCUGGGAAGCAGCCGGUGCCAUUUUGUGUCCGGAUGACAGGCUGGGUGUGUGGGUCUGGAGUCUCCUACCCUGAAGGAAACAUCCUUCCCCUCCUCACAGAGAAACUGUGUUAGGAGAGCCUGAGCAUUGAGGGAGUCACUGCUGGGAGCUUGGAGAAGUGAAGAGUUCCUGCUUAAUUUAGCUUUAUCAUGUCAGAGCUAUGAAUAGUGAAAUCACGGGAUCACAUUUCACGCCAGCUGGGAAUGGUGUUUGCGCUGCCUCACUCCAUGGUAACCGGAAGCUGCCGGGCCUUAAAAAAAAAAAAGUGAAGCUAAUGGCACACAGAGAUGGCAGCCGGCUGCUCUGGGGGUUGUUUCCCAGCCAAGGAGGGGUUUUCUGUCCCUGCCCGUGCUCCUGUCACACCUGAACACAGCUUGUGCCUCUCUGGUGUGUGAGAGUGAGGCCUGAGCGCGGCCCUGCCCGCGGCUCCAGCGAUCCGAGAAGUGCCCUGCUCACAAUUCCACCUCCGCAGUCGUCACCCGGCCAUUUUUAGCCUGCCGUGAUUUACAGGGUGAGCUGGGUGUGCAAACCCCGAAGAGCCCCUGCAGGGUGAGGAGCUGGCUGGGCCAGGCGCUGCUCCUGCUGCUGCCUGGGGUCACUCACUCCUGCCUUUGGCUGGGUGAAAGCAGCAGAGGAGAGCGGGGCAAGGAGCCCCCGGGAGUGGCCGCUCUGGGAGCGCUGAAGGUCAAUCACUUCUAAAGAAGCAGUGUUUAGAACCAGAUUUGAUGGGACACUUGUACAAGGUUUUCUUCCUGAUUUCAUAAUUGACCAAGCUGAGACGGUGAAAUCUGACAGAAGGGUGCAAGGUGUGAGCCUGCUCAAGCAGGUGCACUGACAGGUGCUUGCAGAGAUGUCUAAAACGAACAAAUCCAAGUCUGGCUCGCGUUCCUCCCGCUCGAGGUCUGGAUCGAGGUCCCGCUCCCGUUCCUUCUCCAAAUCCCGCUCCCGUUCCCGCUCCAUCUCGCGCUCGAGGAAACGCAGACUGAGUUCUAGGUCUCGUUCAAGAUCCUAUUCUCCAUCUCACAACAGAGAAAGGAACCACCCACGGGUCUAUCAGAACCGUGAUUUCAGAGGCCAUAACAGAGGAUACCGGAGACCGUAUUAUUUCCGUGGCCGAAACCGAGGCUUUUAUCCCUGGGGCCAGUACAACCGAGGAGGAUAUGGGAAUUACAGGUCCAACUGGCAAAACUACCGCCAGGCCUACAGCCCUCGCAGGGGCAGGUCGCGCUCCCGCUCACCCAAGAGGAGGUCUCCUUCCCCACGGUCCAGAAGCCAUUCCAGGAAUUCUGAUAAAUCAUCUUCCGACCGCUCGAGGAGGUCUUCCUCUUCCCGCUCGUCCUCCAAUCACAGUCGGGUUGAGUCUUCCAAGCGUAAAUCUGGAAAGGAGAAGAAAUCAUCCUCCAAGGAUGCCCGGGCAUCCCAGGCUGCGGGAGAUAACCAAGGAGACGAGUCUAAGGAGCAGCAGUUUUCAGGAGCGGGGGCUCAAGAUGCCAAGGCGUCCGAGGGAUCAAAACCGUGGCAAGAUGUCAGCAGCUAUGGCACGGGCUCCACGUCCAGAGGGUCGGUGUCGGAGCUGAGCCCCCGGGAGCGCAGCCCUGCCCUCAAGAGCCCGCUGCAGUCGGUCGUGGUGCGGCGGCGCUCGCCCCGGCCCAGCCCCGUGCAGAAGCCGAGCCCGCCGCGCUCCAGCCCGUCCCCGAUGGGCUCUGCCGCCCAGAGCGGCUCCACCUCCUUCCAGGGGGGCUCCCACCAGAGCCCCUUCGAGCACGGCUCGGCAGGAAUGAGCCCCACCAGAAAGAGCCCGGUGUGCAAAAGCCCCACACCCGUCAGUUCGCUCUAUGGUGCCGCUCCAAAGGAGGAGGGCACAGCUCCCGGCGGAGGAGCCUUCUCCAAGAGGUAUCUGGAGGAGCAGAAGACUGAGAACGGGAAAGACAAAGACCAGAAAGUAACAAAUGCUGAGAAAGAAAAAAGUAAAGAAAAAGGGAAUUUCUCUGAGUUGGGAUCGACAGAUGGAAAGGCAAAAUCUGACUCGUAUGGAUCGAAAGCUGACUCGGAGAAGGGAUACCGCGGCAGCCAGUCGCCCAAGCGCUACAAGUUCAGGGAUGACUUUGACAAGCUCAAGGUCCCAGAGUUCCACAAGGAAGGUCAUUAUGGGAAAGAUGAAACAGAUGAGCAGGACAAGAAGGAUAAGGCAAAGGGCCGGAAAGAUUCGGAAUUUGAUGAUGAGCCCAAAUUUAUGUCUAAAGUCGUAGCGACUUCAAGUAAAAGUCAAGAGGAGGAUAGGUCAGGAAAAUGGGAAGGUGUGGUGUUCCUGCCACCUGGAAAAGAGAAGCAAAGGAAGCCUGAUGAAAUGGAGGAGGAGAGCUAUUCUGAAAGAUCCAAAAAAGAAGAGAGACCAGGAUCCAAGAGAGCUGAACCUGGUCACAGGGGUUUUGUACCUGAAAAGAAUUUUAGAGUGACCACUUACAAGUCAAGCCAGGAAAAAAGCUCUUCCCCUCCACCAAGGAAGGCUUCUGAGGUGAAGGAGAAGCCAGGCACCAAAGUAGAGGGGCUAACUCCUGGCAAAUCCUCCUUUUCCAUUACUCGUGAGGCCCAGGUCAAUAUUCGAAUGGAUUCCUUCGAUGAGGAUCUUGCACGUCCCAGUGGCAUAUUGGCUCAGGAGCGGAAGCUGUGCCGGGAUCUCGUGCACAGCAACAAGAAAGAGCAGGAAUUCCGCUCCAUUUUCCAUCACAUCCAGUCGGCUCAGUCGCAGAGAAGCCCUUCUGAACUGUUUGCUCAGCACAUAGUGACUAUAGUCCAUCAUGUAAGAGAGCAUCACUUUGGGUCUUCAGCUAUGACGCUGAACGAACGCUUUACCAAAUAUCUAAAGAAAGGAAUGGAACAGGAUGCAGCUAAAAACAAAAAGAGCCCUGAAAUCCACAGGAGGAUAGAUAUAUCUCCCAGUACUUUUAGAAAACAUGGAUUCUCUCAAGAGGAAUCGAAAAGCUCCAGAGAUCCUGGCUUCAAGGCUGAAGGGAAAUAUAAGGACGACCCUGUUGAUCUGCGCCUUGAUAUUGAACGCCGUAAAAAACAUAAGGAAAGAGAUCUUAAACGCGAUAAAUCCAGGGAGUCGGUGGACUCGAGAGAUUCAAGUCACUCAAGGGAAAGAUCAACUGAGAAAACGGAGAAAAGUCACAAAGGCUCAAAGAAAAAGAAACACCGGCGGGUGCGUGAGAGAUCCAGGUCCAGCUCGUCGUCGUCGUGGUCCUCUCACUCAGUCAAAGCAGAGGAGUAUCCCGAGGAGACUGAGGAGAGGGAGGAGAGCUCCACAGGCUUUGACAAGUCCCGGCUGGGGACUAAGGAAUUCUCUGGUCCAAAUGAGAGAGGAAGAGCGAGAGGAACCUUUCAGUUCAGAGCUCGAGGGAGAGGAUGGGGCAGAGGCAACUUUUCAGGCAACAACAACAGCAACAGCGGCGGCAACAACGACUUCCAGAAGCGCAGCAGAGAGGAGGAGUGGGACCCUGAGUACACGCCUAAGAGCAAGAAAUACUACUUGCACGACGACCGCGAGGGCGAGGGCACGGACAAGUGGGUGAACAGGGGCCGCGGCCGUGGCGCCUUCCCCCGGGGAAGAGGCCGCUUCAUGUUCCGCAAGUCCAGCACCAGCCCCAAGUGGGCUCAUGACAAGUUCAGUGGGGAAGAGGGAGAAAUCGAAGACGACGAAAGCGGAACGGAAAACCGGGAGGAAAAGGACGCCCUGCAGACGACGGCCGAGUAGCCGCGGGGUCCGCGCGGUGCCGGGAGCCCUGGCAGGAGGGGAGGGGUCAGGCUGGUGCUGGGGUGUCAGGGUGAUCCCCACGUGCUGAGCAGAGCCCCGGAGAGCAGCUCGGAAACCAUCCCGACGUUAUUUAACUGCAUUUCCAGAGUUCAGCCUCCCCAAGCACGGACCGGGACUGAUCCAUCAUUUACGCUCGGAUCCGCUCCUGGAGUUUCUCUUCCCAAAGACUUCCCUUCUGGACUGGAUACGGUCAAGCGCUGGGUGAGACCCCAGAUUUUCCCUUCUCUGUGACCUUACGGAUGGUCGGUUAUUUUUUGGUAACGGGCUUUGAGGACGAUGUGGUUUUAGUUUGUGCCCACCUGACCUCACCUGUCCUGACAUUUUGUUUCUCUUUUAUAAUUUGACCCAGUGAUAGUCGGGGUUCACUCGCCCGCUCAAAUUUUCCUCCCCUAUUGUGUAUUCAAUUUUCUAAAUUCUGCUUAUUUUAGGCCUUUACAUACGUAGUAGCAUCAAUUCAGAGAUAAUUUUGGAAACUAUUUUUGGUUCUUAUAAAUAAGGAAAUAAUGAAGCAUGUGAGUAAACAUCUAAAUGUUCAUUUGUUGGGACCAAACUGCUAUGACUUUUUUUUUUUUUUUUUUUAACUUUUUUUAAUGUAACAGUUGAGUUUAGGGCCUUUUAAAAAUUGUUUUCCUUUUAUUUUGGAAGUUAACAAAAUUAGCAUGGUUUAAAAGAGAAAAAAAUUUACACCCUACUUCUGGCCACUGUUUGUGUUCACUAUUAGGCCUGGUGUGUGCUGGACCCCAAACUGCUUGUAGCAUUUGUGUCCCCUCCCUGCAGCUGGUUGUGACCCGAGUGCCCUUUCCAAGGUGAUACAGUUUUCUAAGAAACUUCUGAAUUCUUCUUGGGGAAAAAUAUAAAUGGAGAUGAGAAUUUUUCAAUAUUUUUUAUUAACCUUUUUAUAAAACCAAAAGGCAUAUUCCUCUUGAGCUGGUUGAGGACGGCCCUUAGGAUGCAUUUCUUUUUAUCUUCUACUUUAAAGAUAUUCUGGAGCAGUUUGUGGAGGGUUCCCGGCCAGGUCUGAGCCUGGGCGGGGAGGCACAGCCGUGCCCGUGCUCCCCCUGUCCCUCUCCCCAGGAUUGCUGUGCUGUUCCCCACACACCAGCUAGAGUUUGGUUUGUUUUGACUUGAACAGUUCCUGUUUAGCAAAGCCCCGAAGUUUGUUUAUGCAAAUAAAAUACAAUAAAAUAAGUCGUAGGUGUAA